AAGACACUUGCCUACGUACUCCGUGCUAUGCGCUGACAUGAGAGACAUUGGCCGCCGGCGGAGAUGAAAGAGGAAACCCGGCAUGCAAGCAAUCUCCCUUCCGGUCCUGACCCAGGCAGCUAACCGACUGUCAUUCCCAUUCGAAUUGAUUGCGCUUCUAGAAGCCUGCGACCAAUUCGAAGUCUGUGGCCUGACCGGAUACAAUGCACUGUAUGAUAGCUCUGUGCGUGGCUAGUCCUGUCUCACUGCUGGAAUUUGUUCGCCAGAGCUUGGGUUCGCAGUAUCAAUGGCCUGACGCUGAAGGUUGGUUUGUCAACUGCGGUCCGAAGAACCCGGGGCCAUCGAGAAUCAUUCACUCACAGAUAGGGGACGGACAGAAACUGAGUGACUUAUUUCUUAUGGUCACUUAUGUAGUUGCUUGUGAUCUCCUAGCAGCUGAAGCCCUGUGGUUGAGAGAGUUUAACGCUCAUGUCUGCCUUGACUAACAAUACGUGCCUGCCGAUAAGACGCAUCUAGAUUGAGCAAAUAACCACAGGACAGGGUGAUCCUCUGUGCAAGGUUACAUUCCUGAGGUGCCUAAGCCUAAGUAU